GAUUGGGGGCGUAGAACGCAGCGAGGGCGAAAGAAAAGGGGUAGAAAUUAAAGAACAGCUGCUUCUGCUUCUUUUUCUUCUUCUGCUCUGCUCUCUCUCAGUUCCGCUGUCACAAAAUCUCAUCUUAUUUAUCCACUUUAGAUUCCUUCUCUGUUCUUAUCUCUCUAUUUAUGUAUUCAUUUAUCACGGAUGGAUCUGUUUUUGUUACUCCCGAUUUCCAUCUCAAUUGAAUGUGAAUCCGAAUUCGGUUUCUAAAUAAUCUCUCAAUUCCGAUCGUUUCAAUCGAUCUGCUUUCUGAGGUGAAGAAGAAAAGAUGAAGGUUCCGUGUUGUUCAGUUUGCCAUAUGAAAUACGAUGAGGAAGAGAGAGUGCCUCUCUUACUCCAAUGCGGUCACGGUUUCUGCAAGGAGUGUCUAUCGCGAAUGUUUUCAGCAUCGUCAGACACCACUCUCUCCUGCCCCCGAUGUCGGCACCUGACCGUUGUAGGAAACGCUGUAAAUGCUCUCCGCAAGAAUUUUGCUGUUCUUGCUCUCAUCCACUCCUCCUCCGCCGACUUCGACUGCGACUUCACGGAUGAUGAGAGCGAAGGCGAUGGUGCUGCCGAUAUUGACGAUGAAGAGGAAGAGUUUGGCCGUUGGAGAAGGCGGAGCAGUCAGUCUCAUACUUCGAGCUCUGGUUGUGGCGGUGCUGGUGGCGGUUCGGUUAUCGAUCUUGCUUCGCACCAGGACUUGAGGCUGAUUCGCAGGCUUGGGGAGGGGAGGAGGGCUGGGGUGGAGAUGUGGUUUGCUAUGCUUUAUGGUGGCCCCUCUUUGUCUUCUUCUUCUUCUUCUGCCACCGGGAGGUGUCGACACAGGGUUGCGGUGAAGAGGGUAACAGUAGGGGAUGACACGGAUUUGGUGUGGGUGCAGAGUCAGCUUGAGAAUCUGCGGCGUGCGUCGAUGUGGUGUAGAAAUGUUUGCACUUUCCAUGGAGCUACAAGGUUGGAUGGUCGGCUUUGCCUUGUUAUGGAUAAGUAUAGUGGUUCCAUACAGUCGGAGAUGCAGCAGAACAAAGGGCGACUUACUCUUGAGCAAAUCCUCAGAUAUGGGGCAGAUAUCGCACGUGGUGUAGCUGAAUUGCAUGCAGCAGGUAUUGUUUGUAUGAAUCUGAAGCCAUCGAAUCUGCUUUUGGAUGCCAGUGGUCGUGCAGUUGUUUCUGAUUAUGGUCUUCCGGCGAUUCUAAAGAAGCCCUUUUGUCGAAAGGCUAAAUCAGUUCCCGAGGAUGAUUCUUCGAGAAUGCAUUCAUGCAUGGAUUGUACAAUGCUAAGUCCACAUUACACAGCUCCAGAGGCAUGGGAGCCCUUAAAAAAAUCAUUAAACAUAUUCUGGGAUGAUGCACUUGGUAUAUCUACAGAGUCAGAUGCCUGGAGUUUUGGCUGUACCCUGGUGGAAAUGUGCACUGGUUCUGUCCCGUGGGCUGGUUUAAGCUCAGAAGAAAUUUAUCGUGCAGUAGUUAAGGCUCGGAGACUGCCUCCACAGUAUGCCAGUGUUGUAGGUGUUGGGAUACCAAGGGAGUUGUGGAAGAUGGUUGGUGAGUGCCUACAGUUUAAGGCAUCGAGAAGACCCACUUUCCAAGCAAUGCUUGCAAUAUUCCUUCGCCAUUUGCAAGAGAUACCUCGUAGCCCUCCUGCAAGCCCUGAUAAUGAAUUAGCCAAGUGUCCUGGUAUGAAUGCCAUGGAACCAUCCCCUACAUCUGUUUUAGAGGUUUUUCAGGACAACCCCAACCAUCUACAUCAACUUGUAUUUGAAGGGAAUUUGGACGGUGUUAGAGGUCUGCUUGCAAAGGCUGCAACAGGGAACAAUGUUAGCUCCCUCUGUUCUUUAUUAGAAGCCCAAAAUGCAGAUGGCCAAACUGCUCUGCAUUUAGCUUGCAGAAGGGGCAGCGUCGAACUUGUAGAAGCUAUUUUGAAUUACAAAGAGGCAGAUGUGGAUGUCCUCGACAAAGAUGGAGAUCCUCCAAUUGUGUUUGCCUUAGCAGCUGGUUCCCCAGAAUGUGUUUGUGCUCUCAUUAGAAGAUCUGCUAAUGUUAGAUCCAGGAUUAGGGAAGGUUUUGGUCCGUCCAUUGCUCAUGUUUGUGCGUACCAUGGCCAACCAGAUUGCAUGCGUGAGUUACUGUUGGCGGGGGCUGAUCCCAAUGCAGUGGAUGAUGAAGGUGAAUCUGUGCUGCACAGAGCCAUUUCCAAGAACUACACAGAGUGUGCUAUUGUCAUAUUGGAAAAUGGGGGUUGCAGAUCUAUGGGUCUUCGCAACUCAAAAAAUUUGACACCUUUGCAGAUGUGCAUACAAGCAUGGAAUGUGGCUGUGGUAAAAAGAUGGGCGGAAGUUGCGUCCAAAGAGGAGAUUGCUGAUGCAAUUGAUGUACCGAGUCCAUCUGGAACAGCACUCUGUAUGGCGGCUACUCUAAAGAAGGAUCAUGAAACAGAGGGUAGAGAAUUGGUAAGAAUAUUGCUUGCUGCUGGGGCUGACCCAACUACCCAAGUUGCCCAGGAACCACAUCAUGGGCGAACAGCUUUGCAUGUAGCAGCUAUUGCUAAUGAUGUUGAGUUAGUCAAGAUUAUUCUUGAUGCUGGAGUUGAUGUGAACGUAAGGAAUGAGCAUAAUACUACACCUCUUCAUGUUGCUCUGUUCAGAGGUGCUAAAUUAUGUGUUGGGUUGCUUUUGUCUUUUGGAGCAGAUUGUAAUUUACAGGAUGAUGAAGGUGACAAUGCUUUUCAUAUAGCAGCUGAAUCGGCAAAAAUGAUACGUGAAAAUCUUGAAUGGAUUGUUGUCAUGUUGGAUUAUCCAGAUGCUGCUGUUGAAGCAAGAAACCACAGUGGUCGGACAUUACGCGACUUCUUAGAAGCCCUGCCUCGAGAAUGGAUUUCAGAAGAUCUGAUAGAAGCACUUGCAAAUAAGGGAAUUCAUCUGUCUCCUACAAUAUAUGAGGUGGGCGAUUGGGUGAAAUUCAAAAGAAGCGUGAACACUCCUACAUAUGGGUGGCAAGGUGCAAGACAUAAGAGUGUUGGUUUUGUGCAGAGUGUUGAGGACAGGGACAAUCUAAUUGUAUCAUUUUGCUCUGGGGAAGCUCGUGUCUUGGCAAAUGAGGUCAUAAAAGUGAUACCCUUGGACAGAGGACAACACGUGAAACUUAAAGCUGAUGUUAUAGAACCAAGGUAUGGGUUGCGUGGUCAAUCUCGUGACAGCAUUGGAACAGUUCUUUGUGUUGAUGAUGAUGGGAUUCUACGUGUUGGUUUUCCCGGAGCAUCUAGGGGAUGGAAAGCUGAUCCUGCAGAAAUGGAAAGAGUUGAAGAAUUCAAGGUUGGCGAUUGGGUGCGUAUUCGCCCAUCUCUGACAUCUGCAAAGCAUGGAUUGGGAGCUGUAACUCCGGGGAGCAUUGGUAUAGUUUAUUGUAUUAGACCAGAUAAUAGUUUGUUGUUGGAACUUAGUUAUCUUCCGAGUCCAUGGCAUUGUGAACCAGAGGAGGUUGAACCCGUGGAACCAUUCAGGAUUGGUGAUCGAAUAUGCGUGAAGCGAUCUGUUGCAGAGCCUAGAUAUGCUUGGGGUGGUGAGACACAUCAUAGUGUAGGAAGAAUAACUGAGAUUGAGAGCGACGGUCUACUGAUCAUUGAAAUACCAAAUCGGCCCAUACCAUGGCAAGCUGAUCCUGCUGACAUGGAAAAGGUGGAGGACUUCAAGGUUGGGGACUGGGUGCGAGUGAAGGCUUCAGUAUCCUCCCCCAAAUAUGGAUGGGAGGAUGUUACAAGGAACAGUAUGGGAAUAAUCCAUAGCUUGGAGGAGGAUGGUGAUAUGGGUGUGGCCUUCUGCUUCCGAAGCAAGCCUUUCUCCUGUUCUGUGACUGACGUGGAGAAGGUGGAGCCUUUUCAAGUGGGGGAAGAGAUUCAUGUGAUGCCAUCUAUUACUCAGCCACGGCUUGGAUGGUCAAAUGAAAAUCCAGCUACCAUUGGAAAGAUUGCGAGGAUUGACAUGGAUGGGACUCUGAAUGUGAGAGUAGCUGGGAGAGAGAGCUUAUGGAGAGUUGCUCCUGGAGAUGCAGAAAGGCUUCCAAGUUUUGAAGUUGGUGACUGGGUUCGUUCAAAGCAAAGUCUUGGUACUAGACCCAGUUAUGAUUGGAACAGUAUUGGUAAAGAUAGCUUAGCUGUAGUGCAUAGCAUACAGGAUAGUGGCUAUUUAGAGCUGGCAUGUUGUUUCCGGAAAGGAAGGUGGCAUACCCACUACACAGAUAUUGAGAAGGUUCCAGGCUUUAGAAUUGGUCAGCAUGUCCAGUUCCGUGCUGGACUUGUUGAACCAAGAUGGGGAUGGAGAGGUGCUUCUCCUGAUUCAAGAGGGGUUAUAACAGGAGUGCAUGCUGAUGGAGAAGUGAGGGUUGCAUUCUUUGGUUUAUCGGGGUUGUGGAGAGGAGAUCCUGCAGAUCUUGAGGUAGAGGAAAUAUUUGAGGUUGGAGAGUGGGUUAAACUAAAAGAUGAUGCAAGUGGGUGGAAAUCCCUUAGACCUGGGAGCAUUGGCAUUGUACAAGGCUUAGGGUACGAAGGAGAUGCAUGGGAUGGAAGUGUUAUUGUUGGUUUUUGUGGGGAGCAGGAAAGGUGGGUGGGGCCAGUGUCUGACCUCAACAGAGUGGAUAGGCUUUUGGUGGGUCAACGUGUGAAGGUUAAGCUAUCUGUGAAGCAGCCAAGAUUCGGGUGGUCAGGUCACGGUCAUGCUAGCGUGGGGACCAUAUCAGCUAUAGAUGCGGACGGAAAGCUGAGAAUAUAUACACCUGUUGGCUCGAAGGCUUGGAUGCUGGAUCCGACAGAGGUAGAGAAGGUGGAGGAAGAGGAAUUAUGCAUAGGAGACUGGGUAAGAGUGAGGUCUUCUGUAUCGACGCCAACAUACCAGUGGGGAGAGGUGAGCUCUGCGAGUAUUGGAGUAGUGCACAGGAUGGAGGCUGGGGAGCUUUGGGUAGCAUUCUGUUUUAUGGAGAGGCUUUGGGUAUGCAAGGCAUGUGAGAUGGAGAGGGUGAGAUCUUUCAAAGUUGGAGACACAGUUAGAAUCAGAGCAGGUUUGGUGACCCCCAGAUGGGGAUGGGGUAUGGAGACACAUGCAAGCAAGGGUGAAGUGGUUGGUGUUGAUGCAAAUGGGAAGCUGAGGAUCAAAUUCCAAUGGAGAGAAGGGAGGCUCUGGAUUGGAGAUCCUGCUGAUAUUGCCCUUGAUGAGGGCUUUACUGGCACCAGUAGCAUGCCAUAGCAUCUGUGAUUCUUGUGUUCCUAAUGGUGUUUGUAAACUAUUAGUUCCUGAGCUGUGUUUUUUGGUGUCUCAGCUCGUGGCAGGUGACUGGAUUUAUUCGAUCAAUUUGCUCGAGACUUCACUUCUCGGGGGGCGAUAGGGGGACUUGAGGAUAAAAUUCAUUAUUAUUGCCAGAUAAAAAGGAACAGCAGUUGGUUAGUCUUCUUGUUCUCCAUUCAAAUUUACAUAAGAGCAGCAGCCAAGAGAAAGAAGCAGCAGGGGGUGGGGGGCAUUUGUAUUUAUUUCAUAGUCAGUAGCGUCUAGGUGAGCUUUUAAAUAUCUAUGGUCAUGUAAUAUUCUUAUAGCCUGUACAAAUUAACCUACAUCCUUUGAGUAGGCCACUUUUUGAGGCUUUCAAAA